AUGGCGACCACUGCCUCGGCGAAUCCAAUCCGCGCCAUCACCGCCGCCGGCAACGACGAUGAGGACCCCGACCUUAUCAGCCCCCUCUCGGAUUGCAUCCUCACCACCAUCCUCUCCCUCCUCCCCCUCCCUGCCGCCGGGCGCACCCAAGUCCUAUCCCACCGCUGGCGCCGCCUAUGGCCCUCCGCGCCACUCCACCUUCUCGACUCCCACCUCCCCGUCCCCGCCUCCUCCCUCUCCGCUGCCGUGUCCCGGAUCCUCGCCUCCCACUGCGGCAGCGCCGUGAGGUUCCAUCUCCUCAUCGCCCGUCCCUCCGCCUCAGACUUCGACUCCUGGCUCCGUUCCCUCGCCGCCAAAAACCUCCAGGAACUCGUCCUCCGGCCCCCCUCGGACAAGAUCCUUCCCCUCCCUCCGUCAUUCCUCGCCUUCCGGUCCCUCCGCACCGCGGAGCUCACCAACUGCCGCCUCCCCGAGGACGGCGCCGGUGGCGGCGAGGUCAAUUUCCCCCACCUCGGCGAGCUCACCCUCCGCCUCGCCAGCGUCCCCUCCUCCGCCGCGCUCCAUGCCCUCCUGGUCGGCUGCCCCGAGCUCGCGAGCCUGUCGCUCGACCGCGUCUUCGGCUGCCGGGCCCUCCGCGUGCGGUCCUGGAGCCUGCGCAGCCUCACCGUGUCGGUCUCCCCUGACGCGGCGGCGCGUGCAGGAGGAGGCGGCGGCGCCGAGCUGGAGCAUCUCGUCGUCGAGGACGCGCCCGCCCUGGAGAGGCUGCUGGCGCACGACAUCAACUGGGGCCCAUCGAUAAACGUAGUGCGUGCGCCGAGGCUGCAGAUGCUCGGCUACUUGGGGAUCGGGAUUCCAGAGCUGCAGCUUGGAUCGGCAUUAUUUCGUUCCAUGUGCGCUGUUAGACUGGAGGCGGAGCUCCGGUGUGUGAGGACGCUGGCGCUGGAGAUGGCGGAGCCGCAGCUGAAGCCUGUGGCGGACUUCCUGAAGUGUUUCCCCUGCUUGGAGACGCUCUAUGUCAUGUCUCACAUGGUUGUUCCCCAGAGCAUGAGAAUAUUGAAUCAUGAGAUGGAUGAUGAUCGCAUAGAGUGCCUCCACCAUGACCUCAAGAAAGUGGUGCUGAAAGGUUACAGGGGGCGAAAGCAUGAGAUGCAGCUUGCCAGUUUCCUUGUUCGUCAUGCUAGUGUUCUACAGGUUUUGAAAUUCCUGUGUGCAAAUGUGUGCAGCGCUAAAUGGUUGACAAACCAGAAAAGACAGUUACAGGUGGACAGCCGGGCAUCUUUGGGGGCUCAAUUUGUUUUUGAGAAAUUUAGCAAGAGCUACAUCAGGUUUCUGAAGCCAGCAAGUAACAUAUCUUUAGUUGAUCCAUUUGAUACUUAA